UAAUUUUAAUCCCACACUCAGUGUCAAAGAUGGGAUUGUUGGGAGCCAUAGGCUUUUCUUUAGCACUGGUAUCGCUAACUCAGAUACCUUACAGUGCAGAAGGGUGCAAAAUCUUGUCAGCAAGGCCCUCAGGCUCCUCAUCGAUUCUAGUAAAAUGGGAAAAACAUACUGGGGCAACAAACUAUUUUUUGGACCUUCGGGUGAAAAACAAUACAACCAUUGCACCGGUUGUGGUGACCCUUCCAGCGUCCGGGACAGAGAGAGAUGUCCAGGGUCUGAGACCAGGAACUGAAUAUAAUGUGACUCUCAAAGUCUUUCAGUUCUUCUUCGUUGUGUGUACGGAUACACAUGUGGCGUCCACAGUCCCCGACACGUCGCAGAUAGUAGUUGGCCAGGCGCUGUCGAGUACUUCAAUCAUGUUAAAAUGGACUGAGGUACCCUCGGCGGAGUACUACUACCUGCAGGUGCGCUCUCAGGCCACCAGAGACGUGUUCAACCAGAACUACACCAACAUCACCGCUGUGGUAGGAAACCUGCAACCCUCCACCAACUACGACUGCUACGUCUUCACAGCUAACCAGGCCGGCCAGGGAAACAGAAGCAAAGUGAGGACCAUCACGACCUUGGUGCAGCCUCCAGUGGGCGUCACAGCAACACAGACUGGCCCGAGCACAGCGAGGGUGACGUGGCAGCCGAUUAAGGAUGUCCUGAUAUACCAAGUCGCCAUACGGGACAUUGAUGGACCCACCAGCCGGCUGUCUGUGUACAACAUCACAGACACCAAGCUGGAUGUUCAAAGCAUCCUCCCAUGUUCCACCUAUCUGAUAUCAGUGUCCUCAUUCAGCAAGUUCUUGGUGCCGAGCGAGCCCACAGACUACACAUACACCACCAACAAGCUGACACCAGUUUCAUCAGUUUCUGUGGACUACACCUGCACCAAUCACUCUGCCAUGGUGCACUGGUCGGCUGUGUUUGGGGCAGACUCCUACAAGGCCACGGCGAUGGGCAAAAAUGGCACGGAGCUGACGUGCACCAGCCAGCUCACCAGCUGUCAGAUCACCGGACUGAGCUGUGGCCAGAACUACGUGGUGCAUGUAACACCCAUGUCAGAGAACUGCAAGAACAAGAUGAACACCACCUCGGCCACUUUUCAGACUGUUCCCUGUCCUCCCAAGAACCUGGAGUUGUUGCGAGAUUGUUCCAGUGAAGUCAUUAUCUUUUCCUGGGAGCACACAAACAAUACAGACCGCUACAUGGCCAGGGCAGUGGACUCUCAGGAAGUGGCCCAGCAGUGUCUGACUCAAGACAACUCCUGUUAUUUCACACACACAGUGUGUGGACGACAUUAUCGCUUCACAGUCUACGCCAUCUCAGGACAGUGCAGAAGCCAGAUUAGCUCUACUGUUGACAUUCGCACAGCACCCUGUAUUCCCCAGAAUCUGCAAACCUCAGCCGACUGCAACUCAGAUGUUCUGCUCAGCAAGUGGGACCUCGCUGAGGGGGCUCUACGCUACACUGUGGAGGCCUUCGGCAACAAGGGAAACUACAACUGCAGCUCACUGUCCAACAGCUGCGCUGUAGAGGGCAUCCAGUGUGGAGAGUACUUGACCAUCUACAUCACAGCUUUUGACGACGAAUGUGCCAGCCCGAGGAAACUAGGGCCUGUGGCUGAGACAGUCCCAUGCGCUCCUCAGAACGUAUCAGCUGUGAAGGAAUGUGGAGCCAUCUCCGUCACAAUGACCUGGCUAUUGUCCAGCAGUGCAAUUUUCUACGUCGCCAUGGCGAAAGACAGUAAUGGUGUCAUUUACAGCUGCAACUCCAUGGAUUUUACCUGUAUGAUCGAGGGCUUGAAAUGCAGCACUAACUACACUGCGUACGUCAUUGCCUCCAACUUCAUGUGCAACAGCUCUAAGAGCGAGAUGAUCUCCAUAGAAACAGCUGCUUGCCCACCGGAUCAAGUUACUGCCUCUCUGGACUGUGCAGCCAAUAAGGCUCUGAUUUCGUGGCAUGGCCAGCCCAGAAUAAAUUCCUACACCGCCAGCAUCGUGGAUGAAGAUCAAGGACUUCUCAGCUGUAGCUCCACUAAUACCAGCUGUAGGAUACCCAACCUGAAAUGUGGACAGCGCUACACUGUCACUGUCAGACACCACGAUGGCAUCUGCCCCAGCAUGUCCUCUGAGGCCAUCUACAUGAAGUCUGUUCCUUGUGGGCCCAACGUGAAAGCCGACUUAGACUGUCAGUCACAAGUACUGACACUCGGCUGGAACUCGUCGAGUAGCGCAGAAGGCUACAUAACUGUAAUCUCAAACAGCAACAAGCAAAUGUCCUACAACACCACAAAGCCUGUGUUGAGGAUCAACACACUGGAGUGUGGACUUGAUUACACACUGAAAGUGAUGUCCUUCAACGGCAGCUGUGUCAGUCAACCCACAGUAUUACCUGUCUGGCAAACACCAUGCGUGCCCACUAAUGUGGUGGUGAAGAAAAACUGUGGCCAGAGUUUUGUGCAAGUGACUUGGCAAGCAAGCCGUGGCGCCCUGUACUACCAAGCAACUGCAAAGAGUAAAGAUGGCGGCCCCUUGCUAUGCUCUUCCAAUGAGACGUCAUGCAAGUUGGAGGGCUUAAUGUGCAGCCAGGUUUACAAUGUUGGUGUGACUGCCAUGGACAACAACUGCACCAGCAAUGAGAGCUAUACGAGGAUACUACUGACAGCACCCUGCCCUCCCUCUCAGCUCAACACUUCAGUGAACUGUGCCAAUAACUCUGCCAUGUUAACCUGGAACAAGAGCCCCAAUGCAGUGUCCUACACUGGCAAGGCAGUGAGCACAGGCGGACACAUUGUGACCUGUGACGCAGGAAUGAAUCUCAGUUGCCAAUUGGAUGGUCUGCACUGUGGCAAGAAGUACACCUUCACUGUGUCAGCCUCAGAUGGCGAAUGUCAAAGUCCUGACAGCAUGCCGGUCGUCCAUACAACUGCUCCAUGUGCUGUUCAGAGUGUGGUGAACACCCUGAACUGUAGCACCAACAUACUGACCAUCAGCUGGGCGCCUGGAUCAAUGUCAGUAAACUACAGCGCCACCGCCAUGGCCCAAAAUGGAACUGCACUUCACUGUAAAACAGAGGAUUCAAGUUGUACGAUGACUAAUUUACAGUGUGGACAGCAAUACAAUGUGACGGUCAAGCCCAUCAGCAGCACAUGUGAAGGACUCAGCAGUGUCCCAGAAAUAGUUAAUUCUGUUCCUUGUGUUCCUGUGAAAGUCAAAGGCGUUGUGGAGUGUUCCUCUAACACGUUGCAGGCGUCCUGGGAUGCAGCUGCUGGGGCAGCAUCCUACAUCUCCACAUUGAAGGGAUUGGGAGGUUUCUCUUCUUCCUGCUCCACAGCUGUCCAAAGUUGCAUCUUCCCUGGCCUGCAGUGUGCACAGACAUAUAUGUUCAGUGUGGUGGCUCUUAACAACAGGUGUAACAGCUCAGAGAGUGCCAUGAUUUCAGCAAGAACUGCACCCUGUGACCCUAAAAAUGUGGCCGCUUCCCUGCACUGCUUCUCUGGUGUGGUGACGGUGACAUGGGGGGCCAGUGCUGGAGCAAAAUAUUACACAGUCCUCGCUGAGGCCAACAGACACAUCGACUCCUGUAAUUCCACCGGUACUUCCUGUGAGCUGACCCAGCUGCAGUGUGGGGAGGACUACACUGUGACUGUACUGGCAGGGGACGGGAACUGCAACAGCUCUAUACUCGCCAAAACCAAUGUAACAACAGCCCCCUGCGCUCCAGUGAUCCAGAACCACUCCCUGGACUGUGUCUCCAACCACGCCUUGGUCACCUGGGUUAAGGAUGAGGAUGCCAUGAGCGUCAUGGUCAACGCAACCUCCAGCCUUGGACACGUAACGUCCUGCAGCUCCUCCACCAACAGUAGCUGUGUCCUGGAUGAACUGAAGUGUGGACACACCUACACCAUCCAGGCUGUUGCACGAGGAGUCCAGUGUUUGAGCAAACCCAGCACUACUUUUCAGAUUGUCACAGCUCCCUGUACCCCUGCAAAUGUGGAGUUCACAUACUCCUGUGAGACUGGCAUUGCCUUACUGAGCUGGGACGAGUCUUUGGGAAGAAAGAGUUUCUAUGCCCAAGUCCAUUCUGGAGACCACAUGGCCUCCUGCAGCACCAGCCAGACCGACUGCUCGCUGUCCUCACUGCUCUGUGGUCGCAAGUACAAUGUGAAAGUCAUAGCUGUGGCUGACCACUGCAACAGCAGUGUGCCUGGUGUAACAGAAAUACAGACAGCCCCCUGUGCUCCCAUGAAUGUCAGUGCCUCCCUGGUGUGCGACAACAACACAGCGGCAGUGAGCUGGCAACCCUGUUCCGGUGCAGUUUCCUACAAAGUGACAGCGAACGGUAGAGACGGUGAUGUCAUACAAUGCACCACAAACAACACAAGUUGUCACCUACCCAACAUGCACUGCGCCCAGACCUACGUGAUCACUGUGACCCCCUUCUCUAAUCACUGCAAGGGCUUCAACAGCUACCCAAGCACUUACAUUGCAGGCCCCUGCCCCCCCACCAAUGUUAAUGUGUCCCUUCAGUGUGUUGGUAACGUGGCCCUUGUGACCUGGAAUGCUGCCCUACAAGCAGAUCUCUAUGUGGCCACAGCCGUAGAUGAACAUGACCACACCUGCACCUCCAAUGGAACAAGCUGCUCCCUCAGAGACCUCCACUGUGGCGCGACGGCUGUCGUCACGGUGGUCACCAUAGAGAGGGGCUGCCGGAGCAAGCCCAGCGAGCCUUUCACUUUCCAGUCAGUCAUCUGCCCACCAACCAAUGUGACUGGAGUGACAGCUUGCAGGAACAAUAACAUCACAGUAAGCUGGGACCCGCGCCCAAAAAGUGGUGUUAACUACUUCGUCCACUCUCAAGAAAAUGGUGGGACUAGUGCCAACUACUCCACAACCCAGACGUCCCAUGUGCUCAACAGCCUGCAGUGUGGACAGUUGUAUACGCUGAAAGUCGCCGCCAGGGACACAGAGUGCACCAGCGUCCUCAGCAAGCCUAUACAAACUGAAACAGCUCCGUGUCCUCCAACCAACCUGACUGCCAGAGCCAUCUGUGGUACCAACUUAGGAAUGCUGACCUGGGCACGGAGUAUCCACGCUAUCUCCUACACGGCUACAGUGACUGGUACCCACGGCCAUGUAGUUUCUUGUUCUUCCAACACAACAACCUGCUCAGUGAAGCUGGAUUGUGGACACCAGUACUCAGCAGUUGUGGUUGCUUCCAGUGCGACAUGCAACAGCAGCAACGGAGCAUCCUUAACUUUUGCCUCAGCUCCCUGUCUGCCUGACAGGGUGGUAGCAGACCUGGACUGCAAUGUCAACUCCGUUGCGGUGAAGUGGAGGGGGAGCAUCGGCAACCUUGAGUCUUACACUGCGAUCGCCAUUGGCAGUGACAAAACCAGAGCAACCUGUAACUCCACUAACACAAACUGCACCAUCAAGACCCUAAAAUGUGGCCUCACCUACAGCAUCGUCAUCACUACAUCAUCAGUCGACUGCGGCACCAUCAAUGGCUCCGACUACUUGAUGCAGUCAGCCCCCUGUAAACCAAAUAGCGUGUUGGUGAAUCUGCAGUGCAGCACCAACAUGGCGUCAGUGACCUGGGGAAACUCAGGGCCAGACCAGACCCAGGUGGUGUCAGCGGUGGACAGCAGAGGAGUGAUCAGAACCUGCAACUCCAGCAGCUCUAACUGCACCUUCGACCAGCUGACCUGCGGGGAGAGCUAUGUUAUCAGUGUGGUCGGCCGCACAAAUACAUGCAGCAGUGAACCAGCUGUUGCAGAAAGGCUCAACACUGCUCCGUGUGUUCCCACCCACCUUACAGCACAAGUGGACUGCCAGACUGGUAUCACUGUGGUUACAUGGGAUGCAGCACGUGGUGCCACAGCUUAUACCGUCUAUGCUCGGGGCAAUCUCGGCCACAACGCUGAAUGUAACAGCACUGACACCAACUGUGAUUUCCUUAACCUGGCCUGUGGCCAGGACUACAGCAUUACAGUGGUGGCUCGCCAUGACUCCUGCGUCAGUUUGGUCAGCGCGUCCAUCAACGCCACCACAGGUCCUUGUCCUCACAGUGGUCUGAAGACUACCCUGGACUGCGAGACCAACACGGCCGUGGUGUCUUGGACGCCCGGCAGAGGCAUCCGCUACUACAACGCCUCAGCCAAUGCCUUUGACAUCGCACACCAGCAGGCCUGCUCUACCAAUGUCUCCUCCUGCAACAUCAGCUCUCUGCGCUGCGGGGAGAGCUACAGGGUGAGCGUCAGUGGACAGGGACAGAAAUGCCCCAGUCCUGCCCAGGACUGGCACAGAAUCAACACAGCUCCCUGCCCUCCAACCCAGCUGAGGGUCGACUCUUCCUGUGAAUCAAACAACAUCUCAGUGUCGUGGCAGGCCUCACAGGGCUCAGUCUCCUACAUGGCCGUGGCUGAGAAUACACAGGGCCGCCGGUGGUCCUGCAACACCAGCAGCACCACGUGCCAGAUAUCUGGUCUGCUCUGUGGACAGACGUACAAGGUCUACGCUGUCGGUGUUAAUGAAAAGUGCAUUGGAGCCCACAGUGACAUUAAAAUGAUACCUACAGCUCCGUGUGUGCCACAUAACAUACAGAACAACCUCGACUGUCUGUCUGGUGUCCUCAACGUUACCUGGCAGUCGACAGGUUACGUUUUUCAGUUCCUCACCUCUGUGGUGAGCAGCAAAGGACACGUCAGCAUCUGCAAGAUGGAUUCGCAUCACUGCGUAGUACGCAACAUGCAGUGCGGUCUAACCUACAACGUAACAGUGGUGGCCCAAGAUGAGGCCUGCAACAGCUCCCACAGCCCCACAGAGCAGGUCCUUACAGCUCCUUGUCCUCUCACAACCUUCCUUCCCACCGUCAACUGUACCACUGGCAUUGUAUCCGUAACCUGGAACAACAGCAUGGCUGGGGUCGUGCAAACAGUAUCGGCGGUUGACACCACAGGUCGCCGACACAACUGCAGCGGCACAAGCAGCGGCUGUAAUCUUAGCACACUGGAGUGCGGGACGGGGUACAACGUCACAAUCACACCAUCGAGGAACAAAUGUGUAGGCAGAGACAGCCCCACAAAAAUGAUCACAACAGUUCCCUGCGUACCUCGCCUGUCUGACGUGGAGAUCGACUGCCUGACAAACUCAGCCUGGGUGAUGUAUGAGGAGUCUGCCGGGGCUGAGGACUACGUCGUCAUGACGACAGAUAGCCACGGUGACGUCCAGACAUUUGAGUGUAACUCCAUGUCAGACAGGAUGUGUGCUCUGCCGCCACUGAUGUGCAGCCAAAACCUCACGUUCACCCUCAAGGCCCACGACCAGCAGUGCCCCAGCACACCCAGCAAUGCCGUCACAACUGAGACAGCUCCCUGUCCUCCUGAAGACGUAGAGAAAUCAGUAGGCUGCAAUAAUCGUACGGUCAGCAUUGCCUGGUCUGCCAUCCCUGGUGCAUUAACGUACACGGCCACACUGGAGCAGAUAAACGGUGGCACCACCUGCUGCACCACAUCUGGCACCGGCUGUGAUGUCACCAAUCUGCCAUGUGGAGAAAUGUACAUUCUGCUCGUCGUGGCUGAGGGACGAACGUGCAACAGCUCCCAGAGCGAAGGGGAGCUGGUCAGGACAGCGCCAUGCGUUCCUCAGAACCUCAAAGCCAGUCUGAGCUGCAGCGACAAUGUGGCCUCCAUGUCGUGGAACUACAGCAGGGGAGUAGGACAGCUUUACCGAGUGAGAGCUGUGGGUACUGAUGGCCACGUGGACGAAUGCAGCUCCCACGAGAACCACUGUGAUCUGACAGGUCUGCACUGUGGACAGCAUUACAUAGCUACUGUGAUGGCAGAGGACAGAGACUGCAAGAGCAAACCGAGCGAACGUGUGACAAUCAAGACCGUGCCAUGCACCCCUGCAAACGUCUCCCCUGUGGUCGACUGUGAGGCCAAUUCUCUGAUUGUGUCCUGGUCUGAGAGCUCUGGAGCCGACUCCUACAUUGCCACAGUGCAGGACAGUAACGGUCAGACCACAACCUGCCAGGGCACGACCGAGGGCUCCUGCAAUGUGACAGGAGUCGGCUGCGGUCAGAUCUACCAUGUAUCCGUGGUCUCCUCUGAUGGAUACUGCAACAGCCUAUCCACUCCUGUGGUUGACACACCUUCAGUUCCCUGUAAGCCGAGACAUAUCAAGGCAGUGAUUGACUGCUACACGCAGAUGGCCAUAGUGGAGUGGUACCCAAGCGAUGGAGCUUUGAUGUACGUGGUCACGGCCACCUCUGCGUCGGGCCACAACGUCACCUGUGAGGCCAACACCACUCACUGUGAUCUGGAGGGGCUGCUUUGUGGCCAGAGCUACUCCGUCUCUGUCAAAGCUGUGGGACAGAAAUGCAGCAGCAUCGCUCACAUGACAGGACAGCUGGUCACUGAGCCAUGCAUCCCUAAGCACAUCACCACUCAGUACAGCCUGACGAUUGGCCAGGUGCUGUGGGACAUGACCGCUGGCGCUGAUUACUACACAGUUGAAGGGGUAACAGAGGAGGGCCUGAUGGUCUCCUGCAAUACCAGCGACACCUACUGUGCCAUGUACAACAUGGACUGUGGCCAGAUGUACAGCAUCAAUGUUAUGGCCAACAAUCACGUGUGCCAAGGCGUGUCCACCUCGACUGAAGCAGUUACGAUUAGGACAGAGCCUUGCCCGCCCAACAACGUGCAGACCAAUGUGCAGUGUCAGAACAACAUGGGAACUGUGUCGUGGGAGGCCAGUUUUGGUGCGGUGGGCUACGAGGCCCGUCUCGCUGGACGCGAUGGCCACUCCCUGUCCUGCUACACCAACAAUACUUACUGUAACAUAGAAGGCCUCCACUGUGGAAUCGUCUACUACACCACCACCAUCGCCAUCGGAGAGACACUCAACAGUAGCAUCUCCACUACUGUCCUGCUGGUCUCAGCUCCCUGUGCAGCUAGAAAUGUGGCCACUAAUAUGGAUUGCUACAACAACACUGCUGAAGUCUCCUGGAGUUCGGCCAGUGGAGGAAACUCCUACAUGGUGAAUGCCGUAGGAACGGAUGGCCACUGGGCUUCAUGUGAGACCGAUGAGCACCAGUGUGAUUUAUCAGAGCUGCAGUGUGGUCAGACGUAUAACAUCAGCCUCACAACCAUUAGCGACCACUGCCAGACUGAGACACACACUAAUGUCACCUUCAGCACACGACCCUGCAAACCUUUGCGUGCUGGAGCGGACCUGCAGUGUGGGACAAGUACGGCCAACAUGUACUGGGAGAAAAGAGAGGGAGUGGAGUUCUACAUGGCUACUGCCACCUAUAGCACAGGAAUGACUCUGCAGUGCAACUCCACCAACUCCACCUGCCAGUUCUCCAACUUGUACUGCGGGGAAACCUACAAAUUCUAUGUAACUGCAUAUAGUAACAUGUGCUACAGUGAAAUCAGCAGCACUGUGGAGAUUCAGACAGAACCCUGCCAGCCAACUGGUCUCACAGUCAGUGGGUCAUGUAACAAUGAGACAGUGGUGUUGGAUUGGUCGGCAGCUAAAGGGGCAUCAGUCUACGAGGUGACAGCCACAGGAGACCUGGGGUACAUCACAUCUUUCCAAACCGAUGAGACAACAAUAGAGGCUGAGCUGCCGUGUGGACAACUAUUUACCUUCACUGUAAAAGCUCAAGAUGAUCAAUGUGACAGCGCUGUGAGCCAGCCUGAAAAAUUCAAGACAGGUCCCUGCGUGCCUGAGCAUGUACAGAGCUUUACACACUGCGAGAACAAUCUGGGCUCGGUCAGCUGGGCCAAGAGCGAUGGGGCGGAGUCCUACAUGGCCAUCGCAGUUGGACAGGACGGCCACACCCACAUGUGCCCCACAAACACCACCAGCUGCACCUGGGACGACCUGCACUGUGGCGAGCAGUACACCAUUCAUGUCAUUGCCAACGACUACCUGUGCACCAGCAUGCUGAGCAACAGCACUUCAAUACGAAUGGCACCCUGUAUUCCUCAGAACUUGAAAUCAUCUCUGAACUGCACAAUGAAGGUGGGAUCGUUGACCUGGAAUGCCAGUGAAACUGCAAAGUUUUACAUUGUGACGGCAGAGACCAACAGUGGCCACAAAGUGCAGCUCAGCACCAACGAUACCUGGACCUUCAUUUCUGAGUUCCUGUGUGGCCAGGAGUACUUCCUGUCUGUUCAGGCGGGAGACUCUGUGUGCACAAGCCGCCCCAGUGUGCCUUCAGUGCUUAAGUCAGAGCCCUGCCCGCCCACCGGCGUCUCCAGCUUCAUGAACUGCGUCUCUAACAUUGCUGUGGUGUCAUGGACCGGCUCAGCUGGGGCGGAGUUCUACACUGCCACAGUGACGCAGCAAGAUGGCCAAUCAAAAAGCUGCUGGUCUGACAGCGAGGAUUGUGGCAUGCCCAACGUCCACUGUGGACAGAACUACACAGUGACCGUUGUCGCCUCGAACAAUAAGUGUAACUCUGACCCCAGUAAGGCGGACACACUGCAUUCAGUGCCUUGUGUUCCUACUGAUGUGGAAGUGAAGAUAGACUGCUCUAAAAAUCAGGCUGCUGUGUCCUGGAGUGCCAGCGAGGGCGCUCUGUCCUACAAAGUGACGGCUCAGAGCACACAGGGAAACAUGUCCCUCUGUGAGAGUAAAAACCUAAUGUGCACCUUGACCAACCUGACCUGCGGCCAGUCCUACUCUGUCCAGGUGGUGGCGCAGGAUGAUAUUUGCUCAAGUUUACCCAGCCCAGCUACAAAUUUCAAUUCAGUUCCCUGCACACCUAACAUUGGCUCAGUGGUUCUGGAUUGUUUCACCAACUCUGCCCUCUUGGAUUGGGCCUAUGCUGAGGGUGCCAUGAACUACACCGCAACAGCCCAGUCCUCUAGCGGCCAUGUUUCCAACUGUAACUCCAACUUCACCAACUGCGAGCUGCAGGACCUGCAGUGUGGCCAGACCUAUAAUGUGAUCACUGUGGCCUCAAAUGAGAAGUGCAGCAGCCCUCCAAGCACCAGGUUGCAGGUGGAGUCAGUGCCUUGUCCUCCUGAAGAUGUUGUGCCUGUACUGGACUGCUCAAACAACACAGCCCGUGUGGAGUGGCAAGCCAGCAUAGGGGCUGAUUUCUACAUUGUCCAAGCCUUCGGCGUGGAAGAACAUGAAUCUGGCUGCGAGACACACUCACAGUCCUGCGUCCUGGCAGACCUCAUGUGUGGCUUCACCUACGACAUCAGUGUGAUCGCUGUUAACAGUGUGUGCAAUGUCUCGCAGAGUGACGUGACACAGCUGCAAGCAGUGCCCUGUGUACCACAGCAGGUGGAGGCCCGGGUGGUUUGUGAGUCUGGUGCUGUGGAGGUCUCUUGGGAGCCCAGCAAAGGGGCAUCAUCAUACACCACAGUUGCCCAGGGCAACGGCGGCUACGCAUCAAUGUGCAACAGCAGCCAGACAACAUGCCUGUUCGAUGACUUGCUGUGCGGCCUCAACUACUCCAUCACUGUUAGUGCUUCAGAUAAGACGUGUAGCAGCGCUGGAAGCUCUGCUGUGAAGAUCAACACAGUGCCGUGCGUACCACUGAAAGUAACAGCAGAGAUGGUGUGCAGUAAUGACACAGGCGUUGUGUCGUGGGAAGAAGAAGAGGGUGUGUCCUCCUACAUGGUGCAAGCUUUUGGGCCCAAUGGUCACAAGACCAUGUGUAACAGCACCGCAACCAGUUGCCGGCUACCCAACAUGCAUUGUGGCCAGCUCUACAACCUGACAGUGACAGCUCAGGAUGGACGAUGUGACGACAGCCACGCCUAUCUCUACCUGCAGUCAGUGCCUUGCAGGCCAACCAACGUUAAGACUUCCCUACAGUGCUACUCAAACUCUGCUGCAGUGACAUGGGAGCCAGCCAGUGGAGCGCUCUCCUAUCUUGCAGUGGGUGUUACAGCCGACGGAAGCCACCAGACAAAAUGUAACAACACCAUGACCAACUGUGAUCUGAGAGACCUGAAGUGUGGACAGACCUACAAUGUGAGCGUGUUUGGCCAGGAUAUGUCCUGUUCCAGUGUGGAGAGCAACAAGUCUUACAUGCGGACAGCCCCCUGUGCACCCCAGGAUGUGGCUGUUGAAGCACAGUGUGCUGACAGUGCCAUGGUCGUGUCCUGGUCCCCCAACCCAGAUGCCCAGUACUUCCAUGUGGUGGCAGUGAGCAACACCAGGGCGAGACUCCACUGUAAUUCCAGUGGCACUGCCUGCACCAUAAGAGAUCUACCAUGUGGAAAGAACUACAACGUUACUGUGCUGUCUCUAAGAGAUGGCUGUGAGAGUAAACCAAGCGCUGUGUUAGAGACUUCCUCAGCUCCAUGUGUGCCCAGGAACACUAAGGGCCGUCUGGACUGCAUAUCAAACUCUGCCUGGGUGACGUGGGACGCCUCAGAAGGAGCCCUCAGCUACUCUGUGCUGGCCCAAGGGGUCAGAGGUCACAACUCCAGCUGCACUACCACCUCCUCUCCCUGUAAUGUCCCAGAUCUGAAAUGUGGGACGUUAUACACCUUCUACAUCACUGCUGUCAACAAACGCUGCCACAGUAAUCACAGCACCACCUUUGAGCUUGAGACAGGUCCUUGUGCUCUAGCAUCCAUUAGUGCAGUGACACAAUGUAACAGUGACACGAUCCAGGUUGAAUGGGAGCAGACGAAGAACACACUCUACGUGGUGACCGCUGAGGGCCACGACCAAACCCUCAUCUCCUGUAACAGCUCCUCCAAUUCAUGUGAACUCCAGGAUGUCCGCUGUGGCAUGCAUUAUAGCAUCAUAGUAUCAACUUCUUCUGAUAAGUGCAGCAGCCUCAGAAGCCCACCAAAGAAGAUUAAAACAGCGCCCUGUGUCCCAGACAACAUGAAAGUGGUACAAUCAUGUGAGAAGAAUGGAGCCACAGUGACGUGGGGACACUCCCCUGUGGCUACAUCUUACCUACUGACAGCCACAGGAAGGGAUGGACAUGUUGCGAGCUGCAACACCAUAGUGAACAACUGCACCCUGGUUGAUCUGCACUGCGGACAGCCGUACCGCUUAAGCGUCACCGCCAGUGGAGACAACUGCACCAGCCAGCCCAGCACUUUGUCCUUCAGAACAGUGCCCUGUGCGCCCUCCGGACUCACAGUGAAUAUUGAUUGCAAGACCAACUCUGCCAUCCUGUCUUGGAAUGCCAGUGAGGGCGCUGUGAAGUAUUUUGGCUAUGUGCAGUCUAUGAAUGGAAACGUGCUCUACUAUGACAGCGCUGUCACCUCCAGUACCAUCAAAGGCCUGGAAUGUGGUCACAUUUACAAUUUCUCUGUUGAAGCCUCUAACGGCGUCUGCAACAGCUCGUUCAGUGCACCUCUGCAGGCGGGAGCAGCUCCAUGUGCUCCGACUGCUCUGAAAGUCAAAAUGCAGAGGAUAGGCCAAGCUUACUGGGCCAUGACCUCAUGGGACAGUGUCAAUUGUUCUGAUGUUGAGUACCUUGUGGAGAUAACCGGUCAAAUCCAGAACAACCCACAGGCCCUGAUGGAGGUCUCUUCUUACUGGCUGCCCAGGAGGUACUUUGAGUUCCCAAUGCCCUGCAGCACAGUUUAUGACCUCACUGUACGUUCCAGAAACUCAGCCGGGGUCAGCAAGCCGUCCAGUGCCUUUACUGGAGUCACAGCCCCCUGUGCUCCACAGAAUGUGAAAUAUGCUGGUACCAGACAGUCUGCUGUGCUUUCCUGGGAUGCAUCAGUGUUUGCCACGAGGUACACUGUCUACAAUGUGUCAGAAGCAGUCCGUGUCAAGCUUUGCAACACCACAGGGCUCUCCUGCCAGCUGACCGACUUCAAUCCUGGAGCCAUUGAAGUGACAGCCAGCAAUGCAGAGGGAGAGAGCAACGCUAACCGAAAUAUUACAGGUCCAGUAGGAACUCGCAGAAGAAGAGAUGUGCAGGCCACUCGAGUAUAUGCCCAUUUAGACAAAGGUCUUGAAAUCCCAGAAGUGCUGAAUGUAACAGUAAGUGGAGUUUCCUUGUAUGUGAAGUGGACGAAAGUGAAGGAUGCAACCAAGUACACACUCGUGAUCGAGGAGGAACAGAGAGAGCAGCAGGCCAAUCAGCCACCUAGAGUGAGAACCGUGGAAGGUGACUUUUACAUAGAGACUGACCUUAAGCCCUGGACCACCUACUGCAUCAGGCUGGCAGCCAAAAACACCAUCAACCAAAACAACUACUCCAGGCCAAUGUGCAGAACCACUGGUGCCUCCUAAUGAAAUACCACAGAUCCACUUAAAUAGACACUGGACUCAGCAGAAAUACCAUCAUAUGGGUUAUAUGCUUGUCUUCUUCACUCUGUAGCAUCCAGGUUCAAUCUUUCAGAACUUUAGGAGGAAAAUUGUAAAAAGAAAGUAAUUAUAACUACAAAGCUAUAACAUAAUUAUUCUGUUUGGGGAAUGUCUUACAUGUCACAAAUACAUUAUGAUCAAACCUGAGGAGAACCUUUAGAUUUAAAUGCUUAUGAAUCUUUGUUAGCAAUAGCGUAUAUACACUUUCAUAAUUGGUAUCAUAGCAUAAUGUGGCAUUAUAGCUGAUUGUUAAACUAAAAAACAUAGUGUAAACAAAUAAACAGAUAAUUUAUCAAGAAAUAUUUUUAAAACCAUGCAGUAUAUAUUCUUUAUGAUGUACUAUGUGACUUCUCAUUUUGUGAACACUGACAGAUCUUUUUAACAAUCCCAGAAAUGAAGGAAUGACAUUAAUGACAUUAAAACACCCCUCUGUGUAAACAUUAGUGUUGUUUCCUUUUUUGUGUGUGUGUGUUUAUCUAGGGCUGCAACUAGUGAUCAUUUUCAUUAUAGCUUAAUCUGCCAAUUAUUUUCAUGAUUAAUCAUUUGGUCUAUAUAACAUGAGUGAAAACUUGUCCAGAAUCAAUUUCUUAUAAUUUAAGACAAAAGCAGCAAAUAUUAACAUUUAAGAACUAUUAAAUGUUUGGCAUUUUUACAUCUAUCAAACUAACUAUCAAAAUUGUUGCUUAAUUUUCUGUCUAAUCAAAUUAAUAAACUAAUUCUUGCAGCUCAAUAUCAGUCUACUGCAAGUACAAAUUACGAAUACGUGACUGCGCUGCAAUCAAUUUAAAUGCUCAC